CAGAGACAGAAUGGCUUCUUAUAUCUCUCUAGUGUUCCUUCUGUGUUUCCCUGCCGUGUAUUCUGGCAGUCACAUGCUACAAUAUUAUGUAACUAUGUUAUCUACCUCUCAAUCUGGUCUGCCGCAAUACUCAAUCACUGCGUAUGUGGAUGAUGUGCAGUACGGAAGGUACACCAGUGACACACGCCGAUGUGAGCCUUUGUUUCAGUCUCUGAUGGUAUUAUCUAAACACUUUGAUAUUCAGACCAAAAAUGCACAAUAUACUGAAAUUACGCAAAAAGUGCUGAUGGACUUUAUUGUGGAUCGUUUAAACAAGACUUAUGAUAACAGAAACAAUCAUGUGUACCAGAGGAAGAUGGUCUGUGAGCUGCAUGAAGAUGGCACUGUCGGAUUUGAUGAAGAGGUGGCAUUAGAUGGCAAAGAGCUCAUAGUAUUCGAUAAAGAGAGAGUGGCGUAUGCACCUGCAACUCAAGAGGCUGUGCUACUGACGCAAUUAUGGACUAAACAUUUCUCCCAUGCAAAGAGCGAUAAACUAUUCAUGGAAAAUGAGUGCACUCAGCACAUGAAAGUGUAUAUAUCAUUUAUGAAAUCAUUCUUGACUAAAAAAGUGCCCCAUGUAAAAAUUUCCAGUUCAGAGUCAGAGAGUGGCAUCAAACUGCGCUGCUGGGUGUAUGGGUUCUACCCCCGAGAUGUGGAAGUGAAGUGGAUAAAGAAUGAGAGAGAUGAGAUUUACUCCGAGGAAUCAGCAAAGAUCCUGCCAAACCCUGAUGGCACCUAUCAGAUCAGAGUCAGUGUGGAGGUAACACCAGAGGAGGGCGCAACUUACUCCUGCCAUGUGGAUCACAGCAGUUUGGAGACGAUCCACAUGAUUCCUUUUGAAAGAAAGACCAAGGACUCAAAUAUUACUUAUAUUGUAAUUGCUGUUGCUGUUGCCGCCGCUCUCUUCCUUGCUUUUGGCCUGGGAUUUUUUAUACAAAGAAAAAGGAAAGAAUUUAAAGGCAGCCGGCAGAGUGUGAGCACAGAAGAACAAGACUAAGAAUCACAGCAACAGAAUUUUUUUGUGAUACUCCCUACUGGAAAUGAUGUGAAUGAAAUUUAAGUGUUAGAAUUGUGUCAAUAUCAAGUACAAAUGUUGUCAGUUACAUACAGAAACCUAGUAUAUUGGAACACAGAGAAUUUUAUCCUUAAGGCAUGACAGUGCUUGGUCAAAAAUCUGAUUUUUUCUUAAUAAUGGUAAUAGAACAGUAAUUGGAAUUGUUUAUUCCAAUUAUUGCAAGUAAUUUGUAAAUGAGAACUAAAGGGGCCAAGGUUGUGCUUCUUGGUGAUCUUGCACUUCUGUCCUGGGCAUAAGUAAAUGAGCCCACUGGUCUCAGCUGAACAGUGAUAAGUCAUAGUUAUGAAGAGUAUGGAAGGGAAAUAUGCUGAAACUGAAAUAGAAUAAAGUAUAUAGUAUAUUUUUGUUUCAUUUUAAAAAAAACAAAACCACUGGUUAGCUUCAGAUUUACAUCCGUUAAGGUGCCUUUACACUCUAUAUGCAUAAAUAAAUAUAUAUAUAUAUUUAUAUGUUGAACGCAGUAUUAGAUGAACUUGUUUGCACAUUCAGUAUAUUUUAUACACAAAGGCAUUGUAGGGCACAUUUGUCAUUUCACUGCCAUUUUCCUGUUUUUUUUAAUGUUUCUUCUAGAAUAGUUUUUAUAGUUUAAAGUUUGUAAUUAUUUGUUUUUUUGAAACCAACCGUGUCAAUUUAAUAAAAUAGUUGGUAUUUUGUGUGAAA